AUGAUGGUGGAGAUUAGUCGUGUUUCCUCUGGUGGUUGCCGCGAGUGUUCGGCAAGUUCGGCAGAGUACCUGUGUUUGGAGAACGUCGUCUUUAUCAAAUCCAAAGUACCUCCAAAUAAUCUUUACCCGGGCUGGAGGCUUAAAAGACACCAACUCAUCCACAGUGGAUUUAAACCUUACAGCUGUGACUUGUGUGGAAAGCCUUUUACCCGGGCUGGAGACUUAAAAAGACACCAACUCAUCCACAGUGGACUUAAACCUUACAACUGUGACUUGUGUGGAAAGUCUUUUACCCGGGCUGGACACUUAAAAAGACACCAACUCAUCCACAAUGGACUUAAACCUUACAACUGUGACUUGUGUGGAAAGUCUUUUACCGAGUCUGGGCACUUAAAGAAACACCAACUCAUCCACAGUGGAAUUAAAUCGUACAGCUGUGACUUGUGUGGAAAGUCUUUUACCGAGGCUGGAGGCUUAAAGAAACACCAACUCAUCCACAGUGGAUUCAAACCUUACAGCUGUGACUUGUGUGGAAAGUCUUUUACCGAGUCUGGGCUCUUAAAAAGACACCAACUCAUCCACAGUGGAUUUAAA